AUGUCUGCCCCCUUCAACAAUUUACCACCUAAUUUUAUCAUUUCUGAAGAUAAAACAUACGCAACAUUAUCAACACCACUCGAAAAAUCUGAGAAUGAUGAUCGGAAAUACCGGUUAAUUGUAUUGCCUAACAAUUUAGAAGCUUUGCUAAUUUCUGACAGUGAAACUGAUAAAAGUAGUGCCGCAAUAGGUGUUCAUGUUGGCCAGAUUAAUGAUCCGGUAAACGCUUUAAGCAACAUUGUAUUAAUGUGUUUUUAUGGUGUAGAACCCUUGGAUCAAUUGAAUCAGUGGGUUGUAGAAAAAUUCUCGAAAGUUAAAAAUAAGGCAAUUCCUAUACCAGUUCCUAAAGAACAUUAUCCUCUUACUGAGAAAGAAUUAAGGGUUCAAUCAAUUGCAUCGAUAGACUUUAGAUUUCAAGAAAAAUAUUCACCAUCCUACUAUACGUCAAAACUUGCCGUACAAAUGCAACGUCCAUAUCCACGUGAACUUAUUUUGAGUGGUUCUCAUUUGAUUCGUGAAUAUAAUCCAGAACUCAUCCUUGAAGGAUUAAAUUGUUUAUGCUGGGAUAAAUGUAUUAUUACUUUAUCUAGUAAACUGUUAAAAGGACUUGAUAAAAAAGAAAAAUGGUUUGGUACCGAAUAUAAGCUUGAAAAGAUUAGUGAAGAACUUUUAAAGAUCCAUCCGCCGAAUAUUUUUGUUCCUUCAAAUUUUGAAGUCGACAAACUCAUAGAUGUAGUAAUGUCUAUUUAU